AUGGGCCCCUGUACCGCCUCCUCAUGCUGCUGCCAGGCCCGUAAUCUGCCAUGGGCCCCCGUACCGACUCCUCAUGCUGCUGCCAGGCCCAUAUUCUGUCAUGGGCCCCUGUACCGCCUCCUCAUGCUGCUGCCAGGUCCAGAGUGUGUCAUGGGUCCCUGUACGGCCUCCCAUUGCUGCUGUCUCCAUCGCCACACUCUGCCAUGUGCCACUUUCAGGUCUCCUCACACUGCUGGUGGGUUCCAUUUUGUCAUAGGGUGCUGUAUGGCCUCCCAUUGCUGCUGCCUCCACCGCCACACUGUGGCUCUACACUCUGGUUUUGGCCCCGUGACUGCCCAAAUGAGUGAAGUGUGCGGUGAUUCUAAGAUCGACGGCACUCAUCUGCAUGUCAUACUGACUGACAGUAUUAUUUCUCUUCCCCAGCAGACUCCAAGGGCAUUUAAAUUAAAGGUACAGUGUUCUGCACUAAUAUAA